AUGACAACACUAAGAAUACUUGCUAAAGGAGACUACUUAUCUGAGGUUGCAGAUAUACAUGGCAUAUCAAUUGCGUCUUCUUCUAGAAUUGUACACACAGUAUGUGACGCCAUAUGCAGCAGAAUGCACAACAUCAGAUUCCCUACUGAUCCAGCACAGCAGCGGGACAUCAAGGAGAAAUUCUAUCAGAUUUGUGGAUUCCCAAACGUGCUUGGAACAAUAGAUGGCACGCUUAUUCCCAUACAAGGCAUGGCAGGUGUUGAUGAGCCCAACUUUGUUUGCAGGAAGCAAUUCCAUGCCAUUAAUGUGCAGGCUAUUGCUGACGCAGAUUUGAGGUUCACAAACAAAGUAGUGAAAUGGCCAGGAGCGACUCAUGAUGCGUUUAUAUUGAGCAAUUCCAGUAUGCCACAGAUAAUGGAAGACAUGAAUGGGUGGCUACUAGGGGAUUCUGGCUAUCCUUUGAAGAAAUGGCUUAUGACUCCUCUGUUGAACCCACAAUCUGAAAAAGAAAUUCGUUAUAACAAGGCUCACUGUAAAACUAGAAACACUGUUGAAAGGGCCUUUGGUGUACUGAAGGCUCGUUUCAGGUAA